AUGGCGAUGAACAAAAUCCGCGGCGCCUUUGCGGUGCCUAGGAAAGGAGAGACAUUCGAAUUGCGAGCUGGACUUGUUUCCCAGUAUGCCUAUGAACGGAAGGAAUCCAUCCAAAAGACAAUUAUGGCCAUGACCCUGGGGAAGGAUGUCUCGGCCCUUUUCCCCGAUGUGCUCAAGAACAUUGCUACAGCCGAUCUUGAGCAAAAGAAAUUGGUUUACCUUUAUCUCAUGAACUACGCCAAAUCGCACCCUGAUCUAUGUAUUCUCGCCGUGAACACAUUCGUACAAGACUCGGAAGACCCCAACCCGCUGAUCCGUGCGCUCGCAAUCCGAACAAUGGGCUGUAUUCGGGUGGAGAAGAUGGUGGACUACAUGGAAGAACCGCUACGCAAGACUCUUCGGGACGAAUCACCAUAUGUUCGCAAGACAGCUGCGAUUUGUGUCGCCAAGCUGUUCGAUCUGAAUCCCGCGAUGGCCCUCGAGAAUGGAUUCUUAGAGACGCUCCAGGAGAUGAUCGGUGAUCCCAACCCGAUGGUGGUCGCGAAUGCAGUGACCGCACUUUCGGAGAUUAACCACACUGCACCGGAGACACACGCGCUGAAAAUUAAUAACAACACCCUACGGAAGAUGCUGAUGGCACUGAACGAGUGCACAGAGUGGGGCCGCGUUACUAUUCUCUCAACUUUGGCCGAAUACAAAACGACCGACGUGAAGGAAUCGGAACAUAUCUGCGAACGAGUUGCGCCUCAAUUUCAACAUGUUAACUCGGGUGUUGUUCUUGCAGCGGUCAAGGCUGUAUUCUUACAUAUGAAGAACGUCAACUCUGAAUUGGCAAAGACUUACUUGAAGAAAAUGGCCCCGCCAUUGGUCACAUUGGUUUCGUCGGCUCCCGAGGUGCAAUAUGUGGCAUUGAGAAAUAUCGACCUCCUGCUGCAGAAGCAGCCCGACAUUCUCCAGAAGGAACUUCGUGUUUUCUUUUGCAAAUACAACGAUCCGCCAUAUGUCAAGUUCCAGAAGCUUGAGAUCAUGGUACGGAUUGCGAACGAUCGUAAUGUGGACCAGCUCCUGGCUGAAUUGAAAGAAUACGCCCUUGAAGUCGAUAUGGACUUUGUCCGGCGCGCCGUCAAGGCCAUCGGCCAGGUUGCUAUCAAGAUUGAGAGCGCAAGUGAACGGUGCGUCAACACAUUGUUGGAUCUGAUCAACACCAAGGUAAACUACGUCGUUCAGGAAGCAAUCGUGGUCAUCAAGGACAUUUUCCGAAAGUACCCUGGAUACGAGGGUAUUAUCCCGACUUUGUGCCAGUGCAUUGAUGAGUUAGAUGAGCCUAAUGCUCGGGCGGCACUCAUCUGGAUUGUUGGAGAGUAUGCCGAGAAGAUCAGCAAUGCGGGUGAUAUCCUGGGUGGAUUCGUGGAUGGAUUUAACGAAGAAUUCUCCUCGACGCAAUUGCAAAUCCUCACUUCUGUGGUCAAGCUCUUCCUCAAGCGUCCUGAAAAGGCCCAGGGCCUUGUACAACGGGUCCUCCAGGCCGCGACAGCCGAGAACGACAACCCUGAUGUUCGUGACCGAGCGUAUAUCUACUGGCGUCUUUUGUCCAACACCAGUGAUUCAAAUGCGACAAAGAGCAUUGUGCUCUCCGAUAAGCCUCCUAUCGUUACCACCAUCCACUCACUACCUCCGGCGCUCCUCGAUCAACUCCUCACUGAAUUGUCUACUCUCUCUUCUGUCUACCACAAACCCCCAGAGCAGUUUGUUGGCCACGGCCGAUUCGGCGCCGAUGCCGUCCAACGUGCUGCCAUCGAGGAACAACUUCAAAAUGCGCUCGAGAACCCAUUAGCUGCCGGAGCCGCCGCAGCCGCCGGUGGCUCCGCACCGCCGGCGCAGGCGCAAAACAACGUCGAGAACUUGCUGGACAUCGAUUUCGACGGUGGUGCGCCUGCCUCGGCACAAAACGAGCCGGCUAGCGGCAUGUCGGGCCUUGAGGGAUUGGCCGGUACCCCUGUCCGGGUCGCAUCGCCUGCGGUUGGCACUCCAUCCGGUCAAGCCAACAACAACCUGGAUGACCUGUUGGGCGUGUUUGGAGAUUCUGCAUCCGCGCAGCCCUCGUCGAGCGGUGCCAGCAACGGUGGCGCCGAUAUCAUGAACGGUUUCUCUGGUCUUGAUCUCUCAGGGAAUGCACCUGCGCGAGAUAAUCAGGCCAAGAAAUCUAACGAUGACAUCAUGUCGCUCUUCUAG